AUGCCCUCCGACCCCCAAGAUGGCAGAGACGACGAUGUUAUUGAAGAUGAAGAGCCCCGAAUGGGUGAUGGGCGUCCUCAUCGUGUCAAGCGAAGUGAGGUUGUACGCAUACGUGCCACGACCGUUAUUUCCAUGCUCAUUCAAGGCCAAGAUCAACGAGCCAACUCGUUCCAAAGUGUCAUGGGAAUGUUCUUCCACGCUGCCAACACACCGGAGAAGGUCAUCAAGACGCUCUCCCACGUCGGGAUCUGUAUUUCUCUCACAUCCAUCCACCGUGCAGUACGUUCACUUUCUGCCAAAGCUGAGGAGAGGAUACGGGAGCUUGGACAAACACGUCUUGUCUCAUACGCAUACAAUAAUUUCGAACUCAUCCUUCCUUCAACCAAACCCACUGCUGAGCGACCAGGCGACGGACUGCUCCACAUGGUCUCUGGUUUGCUGCUUCGGCUUGAGCAUGGCGCCACUCUCGAGGACUUGCGAUGCUCGGAUCUACUCUGGGACCGGAACGAACUCAAUGUACAUGCCUCAGACCCUCGCCCAUUCGAUGCACACAAAACUCUGCUCCGACUAGCAACUAUGUACCCGGAGGGAACCCGCGCACCAAAUCAGCUCAGCCGCCGCGGCCAAUUCCGUGCAUACCAUUGCAUGAAAAUACUCUUCCUCCACGGACCAGCAUGUCUUCGUGAUCGGCUGGAGGGUCUGGCUGAUCCGGAGGAUGUCGAGAAGAUCCCGCUUGUCAAGCUCGAUCAAACACCGCUACGCACGAUGGAGCUCAAUCAGUCGAAGGUUUCUGAGAACUUGCGAGCUCUUGAAAUGAUGUACAAGCAAGCUGGUAUCGGGGACAGCAGCAAGAAUGCGGAUCUGGUAGACAUCUCGGAAUAUGUGACAGUUGUGCACGGCGAUCUUGGCACAUUCCAAAAGGUCAUAGCUGUCCUGCGACGCCGCUCUGAAGAGUUGACCGCUUGCAACCGGUUCCAGGGUGUCGUCUGCGUUCCUGGUCUCUUCCACUUCAAGAUGGCUGCAUCGGAUGGGAUCUGGCGGAUUUACGCCAACGACGCGAAGGCACGUGUGGAUGAGACAAGCUUUAUGAAGAUUGCACACAUGCUCCGUCCGAAGGAGAGCUCAAUGCUGGCCAACAAUGCGAAGUUCCGACAGCAGCACGACCUCAUCAAAGACAUCUCGACCGUUCUUCUCCUCAAUGCAUGGCAGGUCGAAGUGGAGAGGCGGACUGGGAUCACGACCCUGGAUGCUUGGGCAGCUACAAAACCGACUACAGAAGAUAUCCAGAAGAUUGCGAGAACUAUCGUUACAGAGUACAUUGAGGGCGGACCAGGGGCAACCAGUCUCGAGAAGAUGUCGGGCGAGGAUGACAGCAAGCGCGACAAGGCUCGAGAAAACAACAUGCAACUUCUCAGCACCUUGCUCUUGUACGAGGAGCUGUCGUACGCGAUGAAUGCUGGUGACAUUGGCCGCGUUCUCACUCUGUUCUCACCCUGGAUCAAGAUUUUCCGUGCCGUUGGGAAGACAAAUUACGCAAACUACACCUUACGCUUCGUGCAUGCUCUGGAGUUCAUAUAUACGGACAGACUGCGCGAGAUUGUCAAGUAUAGUAUGCUCGUCAACCCUACUGGGAAGCCAGGAGCGUACCGCGCAGUGGACUGGAUGGUUGAACUACUGAAUUUAUACGAAAAGGUUGUCUAUGGCGGCGAGGGAUCAAACUUCACAAUCAAGCGCAUCAAAGAGGAAUCUGUGCUCGUGCUCAUCUACCGAAACAGCCAUUCGAACGUCGAAACCAACUUCAAGCUCCCUGGGCUCACUACUACGCACGGAGACCCGGACAUGACAACGACAUUUGCGAGUGUCCUCGAACGCUUGCGUGAUUUGCACCCGAACAAAUUUGUCGCAGGGCGACGAUCAGCUUACAUGAUGCCGCAUUACAUCAGCAAAGGUGGAUCUAUGCUUGUGGAGGAUCCUGAGCGUGAGCGUGAGGGGGCGGAGGCGGAGGCAGAAUUGGAGGAAAGACCCGAGCUGGAUGAAGAGCAGAACCUGGAUGCCGACGACCUCAGUGUCGAGACUUUCAUUGGCUAG